CAAAAAAAACAAGGAUUUCCCCUCGGACACCGCACAGCUAAAAAAAUAUCGAUGGUUCGUUCGAUCACUUCGCUUAAACCCUGAUUUGUUGGUUGAUCAAGGUUUUUCAUUGUUUCCUGGGAAAUUUCUUGCUUGUCACCCACCCUCAUGGAUUAUUAGUUCAAUGAAGUUAAUGGUUCGUUGGAAUCAAAUGAAGAUUAAACGAGAAAUUAGUGUUUUUUCGUUGUUGAAAAUGUUCAGAAGUGGGUUUCAACUAUUGUCAAAUAUCGAUUGGGUUUCAGCUUAUGGGUCUAAAUUAUCAGCAGUCACCGUUUUGGGUGUAGUUGGCUUUUUAUUGGCUGUUAGAGAUGGCAGUAUGGGGAAUUUCAACAGCUUGCUUUUGCAUUCGCUUUCAGCGAGAAAUGACUCUUCUAAGAAGAUAUAUUUUGUGCCCGGGUUGCGAAAUUUGGGCAACAAUUGCUUCCUCAAUGUAGUUUUACAGGCGCUUGCUAGUUGUUUAAGUUUUCGGUGUUUCUUGGAAGAUGUUAAGAACUUGCAGUCGUCGUCUAGAAAGGAGCAAGUUGAAGAUUUGCCCCUUUUGUUAUCUUUGGCUACUUUAUUGGAAGAAUUGAGCACACUUCAGGAGAAAAGUAGACCGUUGAAUCCACAAAAAGUGAUGACUGCCAUGCAGCAAUAUAUCCCACAAUUUCAAUUGUCAAAUCAACAGGAUGCAGCAGAGGCAUUCCUUCAUCUUCUCUCCUGUUUAAGAGAUGAAUUAUCGGAUUCUUAUAUGCCAAAUUCUGGCUCCUUAGCGGAUGUGGCUGCCCCUACUAGUCGAAUUCUUGCUUUUGAGAGGAUAAAGGACAUAAAAAAGGAGCCAGAAAGGUGGCGACAGCAAUAUCUUGGCCCUCUUAAUGGGAUACUUGGCAGUUUUCUGACCUGCCAGAGCUGUUCUUCUGAGAUUAUGAUGGAUUUUGAUUUCUUUCACACCCUGUCGCUUUCCCCAAAUCCCAACUUCAAUGCUUGCGCACUAGGUAGACUUACACUAGAGGAUUGCAUGAAGAGGUUCCUCGCUCCUGAACAUGUUGAGAACUAUUUCUGCAGUCACUGUUGGCAUAUUGCUGCAAUAAAAUUUUUGUCCUUGGUUGGAGGACGGCAGGAAGAGAUCAGCAAACUGAGUUUCUGUAGCGAGCAAGACUCUUGUGACUGUAGGAAUAUGUUAUCACUUCAGGCACUUCCUUGGUCAAAUCGCUUUUCACAUGCUUUUAAACAACUCAGUAUUGCUCAUUGUCCGCAGGUUCUUUGCCUUCAUCUUCAGCGCAGUUCAAUGAAUGCAUUUGGAGAGCUUGUUAAAAUUCAGGGCCAUAUCAAUUUUCCAAUGAUCCUGAACCUGUCACCCUUUGUUAAGUGCGAGGCUGGCAUUCAGAAGCGAGAAAUGGAUAAGCCAAAAAGUUUAGGGGAGCAGCCAGAUCUGGCAAACACUUCUCAUCUUAAAAGUGCUGAUAGGCAUCCAGACCUAAUGACAGUCAAGGAUGAUGCAUCACAAUUUCUUCCAGAACCUUGUUCGUCACUGAUUGAAAACUGCUCCAACACCAAAUUUAUACCUACUCUUAAGGCUACUUUCGAUCCACCACCUCCCCUAAGUAUUUUGUAUCGCCUUGUUUCUGUCGUGGAACACUUUGGAAGAGCUGGGAGUGGCCAUUACACAGUAUAUAGAGGAGUAACAACUCAAAUGGAAGACCGUAAUGGUGUUAGAGACAUUGAUGAUCCUUUGCAAUGGUUCCGCAUUUCAGAUUCAGAGGUACACACUGCUUCGGAAGAAGAUGUUCUUGGUGCAGAAGCUACCCUACUUUUCUAUGAGAGGAUAUGAGCCUACAGCUUGUUUUGUAUGGUAAAGUAAAAGGCUAUAAUUGUCAUUUUGCAAAAAAGUUUUCCAGCAUGCUGCCCCUAAUUACUUUGCCCAACAUUCCAAAAAUUGAAAUAAGAUUUUUCCUCCA